AUGGCGGACGCCUGGCGGUGCCGGCCUCGGCCGAGGACGCCGUCGACGCUGUGGUCCCUGGUGGCAGUGCUGGCGCUGCUGGCGGCGGGCUUGGCGCCGGCCUCGGCCUUCUGCCCGCAGGGCUGCGUGUGCAACACGCUGCGCAUCUCGUGCGAGAACGCCGGCCUCGACGUGGUGCCGUUCCAGCUCAACCCCGAGGCCACCACCAUCACCCUCAGCGGCAACAACAUCAUCACCCUGGAGUACACCGUCAACUUCUACCAGCAGCUGCAGCACCUGGACGUGUCGCAGAACAGGCUGCAGUCGCUGGGCAGCAAGAACUUCGACGCGCUGGAGCGGCUCACCAGCCUCAACGUGAGCAGCAACGAGGUGGGCGCGUUCGGCAAGGACGCCUUCAAGGGCCUGCGCUCGCUGCGCGUGCUGGACCUCAGCAACAACCUGGUGGAGGCGCUGGACCGCCACAUGUUCGCCGAGAUGCACGACCUGUGGGAGCUGUACCUCGGCCGCAACCGGCUGGCCUCGGUGGCGGACGGCGUGUUCGACGCGCUGGUCAACCUGCGCGUGCUGCAGCUCGGCGACAACCAGCUGCUGGCCGUGCCCAGCGCCGCCAUCUACCGCCUCACCUCGCUGCGCGCGCUCGGCCUCGGCGCCAACCUCAUCGAGGACGUGGGCGAGAACGCCUUCGCCAACCUGCGUGAGCUGAGCGUGCUGGCGCUCGACAACAACGUCAUCUCCUCCAUCGACGCCAACGCCCUGGAGGGGCUGGGCUCCCUGGAGCGGCUGGAGCUGGCCGACAACAACGUGACGAGUGUGCCCACCGCCACGCUGGCCCGCCUGCGCCGCCUCAGCUACCUGGACCUCAGCGGCAACAUGUUCGCCUCCGUGGGCGCCGCCGCCUUCCACUCGCUCAGCGAGCUGCGGACGCUGCGGCUCAACCGGCUGGUCAGGCUGACCCGCGUGGACGCGCGCGCCUUCGCGGACAACAAGCGCCUGGAGACGGUGUCGCUGGAGGGCAACGCGCGCCUCACGUCGCUGCCGACGCGCCUGUUCCACGGCAGCCCGCUGCUGGCGCGCGUCUCGGUGCGCGGCUCGGCGCUGGCCUCGCUGGACGCGGCGCACUUCCCGCUGGACCGCCUGCAGGUCCUGGACGUGGCCGACGUGCCGCUCACCUGCAACUGCUCGCUGCUGUGGCUGUGGCUGCUCUGCAAGGAGCAGCGCCAGCACGCCAUCGCCGUCAACGAGACCGCCUCGGCCGCCGCGGCAGCAGGCCUCGGCGGCCCUGAGCCGUCGGCGCUGAGCCAGCUGCACCCCGUCAUCCUGGACAUGGGCCGCAUCCGCUGCGCCGGCCCCGCCGCCCUCAAGGGCUUCAUGCUGGUGGACGUCCCCGAGGCCGAGGUGCGCUGCGAGGCCACCUGGAUGGCGGUCGUCAUGGUGACGGUGGUGGUGCUGGCGCUGUUCGCCGCCACCUGCACCGUGCUCUUCUUCCUGAGCUCGGGCCGCUGGUGCAGCCACGAAAAGGACGCGUCCGACGUGAGCACCGACUCGUUCGCCACGCAGCACUCCACGCUGCACAAGCACGGCAUGGGGCUCAACGGGCUGGGCGCGCUGCCGCACGUGCCCGCCGCCAGCCCGCACCCCGUCAUGAUGAUGACCCCCGACAUGAAGGUGGAGCCCACCUACGCCACCAUCGGCCUGCCCGGGCUGCCCAGCAACGGCCUGGGCCGCGGCGGCUACGACGACUACAAGAAGGACUCGGUCAACGUGACGGUCAACGCGUACCAGCGCGCGCUCAACAACUGGGACUCGUCGUUCAACGGCGGCAACGGCGCGCACCACCACACGCUCACCAUGGGGCGGCACAACCACCACGACCAGGUGCGGCACGCCAACGGCCACGGCAACGGCCAUGGUAAUGGCCAUGGCAACGGGCACGGCCACGGCCACAAGGGCGGCAAGGCCUCGGCCAACGGCCCCCCGGGGCCCGGCAACUACGGCACGUACCACAACCACUACUCCAUGGCCAUCGACAUGACCAAGAAGCCGCCGCACAUCGUGUACGUGUAGCAGGGCGGCGAGCCCGUGCCUCUGCCGAGCACCUUGACGACCCCCUC